UCAAAUAACUGAAAUCAUGUCAAUUGCAAUCCAAUAUGGGAGUACGAAGUCAUAUAGGAAAUGUCGAGAACCGCAUAUCUCCUAUAGCGAUGGGCUUUGUUCAGUGGUUAAUAAAUAAUCGCAUACUUCACACGCUGUCGUAGAGUCGGCCAUAUUGUGUCAGCCAUUUGCAAUGUGAAUUAUAUAUUUUAAAAUCGGAUCAAAGAAAUGUUUUAUCAAAAAGGGGAAGGAGGUUGCCACCGAAGCCUUCAUGCCGACUAACCGAUGUGUCAGCUUGCUCAUGACAUGUACGAAGGCAAGAACAUACAUUAUUCGGUCGUCGACAACAAGCCCCUAUGUUCGUUUAGCUCAAAACAGUGCAAUCAAAGGCGACUAAAUGGAUUUGGUUUCUGCGUGCGCCACAUACUGGAGGACCCAACGGCUCCGUUCCGAAGAUGUGCGUACGUUGCCAAAUCCAGCAAUCAAAUGUGCACGCAGGCCAUUCCUAAGCACGAGGAGAGACGGUACUGCAACAAUCACAUGCAGGUGCUUGGCAUGUUGCCAAGAAAGGAAAGGAAACCAAAGAAAGAAAAAGAAACGAACACAGUUCUAGAUAAUCGCCUGCCCUUCCGUGAUCGAAUGAAAUCAAAAAACAACAUGACCAAGCUUAAGAGUGAAAUGCUGCGGAACAAGGAAAUCUCACUGGAUGACCCAGACGACCCUUACGCCUUCCCAGAUCCUGUCAAAGACACUCCGCUGGUUAACAACCAAACUGUCGGUGGUCUGCCUCUGAAUGAGGCAUUAAAUUCUCCCGUGUUGCAGUCGAAACCCACUCAGGGUGGCACAUCAUCCAUUGCAAGACUCUAUCCAGAGCUGGCGGAAAAGCUGGAGAAAAUCAGACCAAAAAUUGAACCUCGUGUUGUGAAAGAAAAAGGCAGAAUAAGAAGUUCUCGGACAAUGAACAAACUGCAGACGAAAAUAGCUCAGAACAAAAUCAAAGACAAGUUGCGCAAAUCUCAGGAGUCCGGCUCAAACGCGUCUGUGAGUCCUGCGUCGAUGCCGAGUCCCGACCAGCGGGACAUGAGUCCCGGCGUCAUGCAGCCGAGUCCGUUGUUGGAAGGGUCCACGCAGGCAUCGGGGGUGGCAGGUCACGCGGCUGUGCUGCCGGGCCCAGUGACUGGUCUGCCCUGCGGAUCCACAGUGGCGGGGCCUUCUCCCCCUAGCAUCUCAAGCCAAAGAACGGUUGUCCCGAGUUCAGCAGUGGUGAACUCGCCUUUUGAUGGUGCUGCUUCUCGUGAGAGUGUUAAAAAUAUUACGGGCUUUCAACAGACGUUCAAUCACUCAUCAAUAUCACAAAGACUUCUGUCGUCUCACAUUCUGCCGCCACCUUACCCGGGGACAGUACCCUUGUCAUCGUCCCAGACACCCCUGCCACCCAUUACUGCUCCUACCGUCUCUGCCCCCGUACCUGCUGCCGUGAAAAAGGUUUCCACCUCUCCUCCGCAGCUGUCAACUCCCAGUGUAUUACCUCCACCGGAUCCAGUUGUAGAACAGCCGUUGCCACAGUUACCCCCGCCACCACCAUACGUAGCACCCCAGAUAUCUUUACCAGUUUCUACAGCAUCUCCUAAAAUAACAGUAUUAUUAACACGGCCUCAGCGGUUGAAAAAUAUUUUCAGUGCAAAAGAUGCAAGGACGUGUUUAAAAUCCGAGUCGGCUGUGAACUACUAUUCUUUCUAUGCGAAGAGGAAACUUCAGAAUCGAUAUUUAAUCAAUCACGGUUUGUGCAGUUCAGAUGAUGAGGCUAGUGAAGAUGAAGAUGUGGAAAUGUUGCCAUGGCAACCGGAAUGGUUUUCCGCUUCAUCAGACGAGGAGAAUAACGAAGAUGAUCCGGAAGAUGACCUUCCUCUUCACGUGCGAGCGACAAAGCUGGCUCUGCUGCGAGCACGACUUCGACGCCAGUGCAAUCAAUCUCGGACCGCCACGCGGAGCAACACACGCGUACGCAGGACGAACAACCAGGCGACUCUUGCGCUCGUCAAAGCCAUCCGUGACAACUCGUGUGCCGCUCUCAGAGCGCUGUGGAAGAUCAUCAAAAUAUCACACAAGCCUGUAGACAAGUACAAGAAACGCGGCUUAGAGCAUCGUCCGUGCCUCAUCAAGGAUAGCGAAGACGUCCAGUGCAAAAACCGGGCACUCCCGUAUACCAACCACUGUUUAAAACAUGUAAUGUACAAUGUUGAACAGCAGCUGUUUGACUACUGCACAGCCAAGUUCGCAGACAACACGCAGUGCUGUGUCCCGGUCUUCGACAUCCGCCACGAACUGCCGCUCUGUGCCGAGCAUGGAGCCAAGGCUGAUAACUAUCAAAAAACCCUCCACAUGGAGAGCCGGAAACGCCCUCGCAAGAAGACAAAGCCCCCAGCCCUGACUCGCCCCCCGCGCAAAGGCAAAAAGAAGAAGAAAUCUCGCUACGUCCGUCCACAGAAACCGGUCCCGGAGAGUGGAUCUCAGCCUGAGGAAACUGCAUUACCUGAAGAGGAGACUGGCGAGGAGUCUGGCUCGAACGUUGAUGUCGACGUAGAGACGACAACGGCGCCGGUGGCUGGUGAUGAGAGCGACGAUGAGUCUGACAUGGAUGUUGGCUCUGCGGACGUCUCGACGGCCAACACCAGCAGCAAGGAUGACAAAACAUUCGAACCUGCGCUAAGCGGCGUUGCUCUUGACGAGAUGCUGCCCCCGGGCCGCAUUGAAGAUAUUGGCAAGGCAUUUGGAGAGUUACCCCUGGAGCAGGCCUCCAGAUUACUGGAAGAACAAGACUUUCAAGAAGUAUUCAAUAAAAUACCAGAUGACGCGUUUGAUAUCUUCUCAGGGAGAAAUGGUGAGUUUGAACCGUCUACGGAAGAAACGGAAGAGCUGGAACGAGCUCUUGCCGAGGCGACCAAGGACGUUUAUUCUGCCAAGGACACGUUGGAGAAGUUGCUGAAGGGCGACAUGUCUGUGGAGGCGCUGAGUGAGGAGCUGUCGAGAUCCAUAGCCGAGUCGCUGUCGGCGCAGUUUGCCUCAAACAGCGCCAUGGACGGCGGUAUCGGCAAAUCUACAAACGAUGUAACUUCUGACUGUGGCGGCAGCGUUCACACGCAACUGCGAGGGCCUGUUGUCGCGGGAAGUGCUGCCCCGACACACACAGGAACCAUGCCGACAGCAUUGACAGCUCAACUGUUGCACCGAGUUCACGGACUGAAUCCGGUUUCCGGAGGUGUGGUGCUGGGACACAGCAUGGCGAACCGUCCUGUGGUGUUUUCCGGAUCUAACACACUGUUCACCACCGUGCCAUCGUCACUGGCCGGCUUUACGCCUGCGGUCUCCGUCGUCGGGGGCCGGACGAACAGCAUGGCGAUGCCAAACAGGACUUCGGUGGGUACAUCGUCGCACCCCAACUUCACUGCCUCACAGGCUGCAUUGACCACGCUCGCUGGUUACCACGGCAACCUUCCGUACACGGCUCUCACCCAGCAGUUGGCGCUGUCUCCACAGACCUCUACGUCGGCGUUGCAGAAGACUACGUCGUCCUCGAUGGCCGAACAUUUACGGGUUGAUUCGGCGCAGGUGUUGUCGCAUGUGACUGCUCCGCAACAACAGCAGCAGCAGCAGGUGACGCCAGCACAGGCAGUGAACCCCACACAUCUACCGUGGCCAUCCCCGGCCGUCUCUGGUGCAAGUGUUAUUUACGAAAACGGCUUUCCGUUGUCGCGGAUGCCGUUCGUGCAGACGGUGAACCUCGGAAACCAGGUGGUGGGAAAGUUUCCAGUCCAACAACACGCUCAAACGUCGGUUGCCACCGCGGAUUAUUCGGGCAAGCAGGAUGCGGCGCAGUUUUCUCUGACACAUUCCAUGGGCGCCCUCCAGCACCCUACGGGUUCUCUAGGUGUGAGGGCCGCCGUACAACCACCACUAGGUGGCGCUCACAACUCCGUGCAGGGAUACAUGACGAACUUCGCCCUCGGGAGGCCUCCGUUUACUUCGUCUAGCACGGGAUCCUAGUUUUAACCUCACCUGGUGAUUUCCGUCUUAGUGUGUGUGUGCCAGGUGGGAGAAAGAGAUUUGUCCAAUUGCAACCAUGUUAAGCUGGAAUUAAGCUAGUCUCAAAAUAUUGUUAAAAAUUAGGAAUGACAUCAAAACAUUGUAAUGCGUGUUAAGCUGGAAUUAAGCUAGUCUCAAAAUAUUGUUAAAAAUUAGGAAUUACAUCAAAACAUUGUAAUGCGUGUUAAGCUGGAAUUAAGCUAGUCUCAAAGUAUUGUUAACAAUAUAGAAUUAUAACAAAAAAUUGUAACUCGUGUUGAGCAGGAAUUAAGCUAGUCUCAAAAUGUUGUUAAUAACCCCCCCCCCCCCCCCCCCCCCCCCCCCACCCCAAUUCAUUAUGGUUAAACAUUUUUUAAAACCAAAAUGAACGUGGCAACUGAAAAAUGUAAAAUUGAACAAAUCAUGUUUUUAUUUAUAUCUUGCAUUGAUUUUCUCUCCCAAUAAAUUUUUCUAAUUAUUUUGCUUCUUUUUAGUAACCAUAUAAAAUGUGUUGAGUUUUAUUCAGAAUAAACAUUAUAGAUGUACACAUGUACCGUUUGCCCAUGAACUGAAUAAUUAUACCUGAGAAAACCAUAAUACAUGCAUAAAGGCAUGCAUUCAAGGGAGAGAAUAUUUCACUUCAUGGAUAAUAAAUGAAUAUCUAUCUAUUUUAAUUUUUACAUACAAUAGCUAUUACUUUAGUUAUAAACCGUUUACUGACCAGUGUAAUCAUCAUUUUAAUAAGUGACAUUGCUACAGUGAAGGAAACAUUUUCUACUGAGGAAGUAACACAUUUUGUUAUUUAUUAUUUAAGUAACACCUUGUGGGCCUUAGUUAAACGACAUAUCUUGGGAGUUAUUUUCAGUGCUGACGUAGCACUAUUGUUAAAAGAAUAUUUUUAAAUGUUUCACUCUGUGUUACAUAAUACAAACUGUCCCUAUUAAUACAAAUGGAAGACCGUGAUCUGUAAAGCUCUUAUAAAAUGUACAUACAUGUGUUCUCUCGACAUUCUAAAUGUGUUGGCCAUGAUGUUCUUGAUACAUGAUUUAUUCAGUAAUUAUUCACAUAUUUGUUGAUCUCAAUAACGCUGUGCAAUCUACUUUACAAAACAAUUACAUAUAUUGUGAAAGUGAUGAAAAUAAGAUAGAUGUAAGAGAAAAUGUUUCAAUACUAAGCAUGUACGGGUUCCUAGCUUAAUGUGACAGUACAUGUGUAAAUCUAUUAGAAUUAUUACAUUUAUUAUUUUUUAUAUAUAUCUGGACAGCAUAUCCUGUGCAUUCGUUGUCAGAACAACUCUAACUGUUUGGCAGAUGCAGGUUUCUUCUCUCUCUAACCAAAUAGCUAUAGUUCAAAGAUGCUGAGGUGUUCAUUAAAUGACUCUAAAAUUAAGUCUGUUUAGCAUUGAUCCCCGUUCGUAUGUCCAUAAGUCGGUUCAGCAUUGAUCCCCGUUGGUAUGCCCAUAAGUCGGUUCAGCAUUGAUCCCCGUUGGUAUGCCCAUAAGUCUGUUUAGCAUUGAUCCCUGUUGGUAUGCCAGUAAGUUGGUUUAGCAUCGAUCCAUAUUGGUGUGAACCACUUGCACCGACCAGUGAUCCAUAACUGGUUCAACAAAGGCCAUGGUUUGUGCUAUCCUGCCUGUGGGAAGUGCAAAUAAAAGAUCCCUUGCUGCCUAUCGGAAGAGUAGCCCAUGUAGUG